AUGAAAGCCGUUGCUCUCCCUCUGGCGUCGAUGGUGGCCGCAGCUCUUAUUGCUGGUGCUGCCAUGCCCGAGGACGCCCUUGCUGCGUCGUCUCGGUCAGGUGGCCGCGUUGGUGGCACCAGUGGGUUUGCUUCCCGGAAGGCGGCCGCGCCGUCUCGCAGCAUCCAGACACAAGCUGCGCCAACCGUAAACAAUACGACUGUUGUGGUUGCACCUGCUGCUCCAGUCUUCAGCCCUUUCGGAUUCUCGCCAUUCGGUGGCUUCGGUAUGGGCUUCGGGGUCCCCAUCUUCCUGCCAGGCUCCUUCUUCAGCGGCCUCCUUGGCCUUAUGGCUAUCACCCUCCUGUUUAGCGUUGUUUUCAAUGUCAUUAGGGGUAUCGCAGCUGCCGGUAGCAAGCAGGCCAAGAAGGAUGAUGACUCUUGGGGCGACCUCUGAGUAGCCGUGCCCUGUUGAGGCCUGACUGCUUGAGUGGAUUAUUUGGACGAGUGGAGGCGAGCUGAGAGGUUCUGUUGGCCGCGGUGUAGACAUCUGGAAGGUGCUUCGUCGUCGGUCCCGUGUCAUUGCCCCUGGUUAUGAUGGUCGUAUAAAGAAGUUUUGAUUGUUUGAUACCCCCUAAAGUUUUUCCCCGCAGCCGCCUCUGUUUAUGUCAGGAUAAUGUAUGAUGUGCUUCGUGUCAAGUGGUAGUGAGCUGGACUCGUGCAAAGGUUGUAUGGGUUGUAUCGAGGCGAAAGUGUAUCUACUUAAAAAUGCGAAGGUCCUGUUCGCACGUGGCGGUAGGGGUAUUUAUUUCAUGUGAACGUCGCUGCAUGCAUAGUGGCAUCAGGAGUCCUAAUGAACUGUCCGUAAUACCACAGUUGCGACUUGAGAGACGUGAGGUGAGGCCAAGAACCCUCGACUGCAUAACCGCAGGUUUUGGCUGCAGAACUAGGGUACGCGAUGAGUCGUUUAUUCGCAUCUUGUGCACCAACUGCCUGUUAAGUCGGAGCUAC